AUUUAAUGUUGAACGUCACUUUUGGAUCUGUCAUGUCAGUGGUAGGACGUCAGAAUUGACGUUUGUUGAAGGUUGAAGGUGAAAAAAGGUGGACCGAAAAUAAAUACUAUUACCAAAUAUUUGAACAAUAUAAUCUCACGAAUAUGGAUUUUGAUAGUCCUGACGUGAUGAAGGAUUUUCCAGGCUUAUACGCGUCAGAAUUCAAUAAAAAGUGUAGCAACGAUAGCGAUUAUAGCGAUGACGCUGAAAAAGGGAUGAAAAAGGAUAUGUUAAUUGGGAAAAGAAAAGAUAAAAAGGACAAAAAAGACAAGGAACGUGGAUAUGCAGCUCUUGAGGGAGAAAGCUCUGAUGAAGCUAACAAGUCAAGAAGCCCUUCAAAAUCAAAGAAAUCUAAAUCUUUCAAAUUCACAACAAAGUCAAAAGAAAAAAGAGAGAAAUCCAGGGAUAAAGAGCAUAUAGAUAAAAAGAAAGAUAGGGACAAAAAAGUAGAUAAGAAAUGUGAAAAGGACAAAUUAAAAAAAAUCAAACAGUCAGUUGAGGAAACUAUAGAUAUUGCAGAUACCCUGCCUAUUUUUGGAGUUAGCCUAGAUUUAGCAGUAGAAAGAAGUAAAUGUCAUGAUGGUGUUGAUAUACCAUUGCCUAUUAGAGAAUGUAUAGACUAUGUAGAAGCUGCUGGUAUUUAUUUUGAGUGUGUAUAUAAAAUAAGUGGGACCAAAACAAAAGUAUCUCAUAUAAAGAAGAUGUACAAUAUAAGGCAAAAUGUAAAGUUGAGCGAUUAUGAUGUACCUACAGCAACUAGUCUACUCAAAAUGUUUUUAAGAGAUCUUCCAGAACCCAUAUUUACAAAUGAUUUACUGAUACGCUUUGAAGAAGCUGGUGCCAUAUUAAACCUAAACACUAGAGAAAAACAUCUGAAAAUCUUGGUAGAUAAUUUACCCCCACUGAACAAACUGCUUUUGUCAUGGUUGAUAGUCCAUCUCAACAAUGUUUCACUGAAUGAAAAACAAAACAAAAUGAGUAAGCAAAACCUAGCAGCUGCUCUCAACCACAUAUUCCACAUAUCUUCUAGACUUCUACAAGCUCUUCUACAUCAUAGUCAAGCUCUUUUUCCAAGUGUCAUUAUAUUUAAAUAUAUUCCACCUUUGGGAUCUGGUUCUCAGUUACCUGACAAACAACAAGCUAUGGAAAUUGAGUUGAAGAAACAGGAAUCCUUAUUAGCACAGAUCCAUAAAGAAAUGAAUAUCUGCUCUAUUUCAAAAGAGAGGGAAGAAUUGCUUUGGGAAGUUCAAAGGAUCAUCACACAGUUAAAAAGAAAGCUGAAGAUGGUUCAAAAAGUGAAAGAUACCCCAGAAAAGGCUGAAGAAGCACCAGCAACUAAAGAAGAGGAUCAAAGUCCUGACGUUAAAAAUGAUGACAUUAUAGAUGGAUCUUCAUCACAAAAUGACAAUGGUGAAAUUUCUGUGUCACAUUCUGAUAACUCUUCUAGCAAAUCUCAACCAAAAAUAGCCACAGUAGACACUGAGAGUCAUCAUAUGGAUCUCUCUAGUCUUUCAAGAGAAGCACAAGAUAUGAAUAGUUCAGAAGAAGAAUUUCCAUUGGAGAAGAAUGAUUUUUUGUUUGAUGAUGACAUAGUUUUACUUACAUAUAAACGGAAUGGACUGAUGAACUUAAAGGAACAGUUACUUAAGGAUAUGCAGGCUGAAAGAAAUGAAAUAGAAGCUUUGAAAGCCAAGCUAGAAAAGUCUAACAAUCCAUCUGUUCCUAUAACACUAAUUCCAAGACAGGAAUGUCUGGAUGAUAUAAUGGUGUUACUACAAAAGGAGAAUCAGAUACUGCAAAUUAAAAAAAUUAAUUUAGUUAGAAAAAUUAUAGAAGAAAAAGAAUCCUGUAUUGAGCUGUCUGCACAGCUACGGUUGGCAGCAAAUGAUAACUAUUCUAACAAAUUUUAAACUAUUUUUAUUUUUUAGGAUGAUUAAUAAUUUACAUCAAUAAUUACCACAUAGUAUGAAUAACAUGUUUAUAAACAUUAUUUUGGAAUCUUGAAAAUAUUUUUCAAAAUAGGUUAUGCAAAUAAAUGCUUUUUUUGUUAUUUGCCUUCCCUAUGAUACGUAUGACAUUUAAUAGUAUCAAAAGCAAAGAACUGCUUGUCAUAUUCUGAAUAGCCACCGUAAUAAUAUUGGUGGUGGUGUAUUACUGAAUGUAGUUAAUACUUAUAUUUUAUGUUUGUCAUAUAUGUACAAUUAUUUUAAACAUCACAUUUUUUAUGUAUUAUAUUUGAAUGAGUGUGAGGCCCACAUCACAAAUCAACUAGUAAUACAGGGUGGGGCAUAAGUAAUGAAACGGUUCGUCAAACUAAUUGCUUGUUCUGUGGUGGGAGUAGGAAGCGGGGAGGGGUGUCAUUAUGGGUGUUGCAUCGUCCUGUUUUCAGUUGGCGCCAUGAUUUGGACAGGUAAGCAUUGAGGCUUCGCUGUGCGUACAUUUUUGAAAAUGUCUUCGCCACGCAGAGAGCUAUUCGCGUCCAUUUCAACAUUCCGCGUAAUGUUACGGUCCCUAGCGGUAAGACAAUUAGACGUUGGGCCCAUACAUUGGAAGAAACUGGAUCCACUACAAGACCUAAGUCAACUGGAAGACUCAGAUCUGUCACAACACCCGAAAAUGUGAUGACUGUGAGAGCAGCAGUUGGAUUGUCACCAAGGUGCUCUGCUUGGAGGCAUGCGAUUGCUUUGGAUAUGUCUGCUCGCUCUUUAAGGAGAAUUCUGCAUGGAGAACUGUCAUUCCAUUCUUAUAAAAUCAUGGUUGUUCAAGAACUGGAGCCUGAUGAUUACAUCAACCGUGUAAAUCGUUGUCAAGAAAUGCUUGAACGAAUCCCCGAAACAUCAACUUUUUUCAGCAGCGACGAGGCCCACUGUCACCUCUCUGGGGCUGUCAAUAAGCAGAAUUUUCGGUACUGAGCUGACAGAAACCCAACUCAACUUCAUGAGAGUCCUCUUCACUCACCUAAAGUGAAUGUGUGGUGUGCGAUCUCACAAUUUGGAAUCAUCGGACCUUAUUUUUUUAAGGAGAAUGGUCAAACAGUUACUGUCACGGCUUCAAUGCAAAACUUUUUUGAGCCACAAUUGCAACAAUAAGUGACAAAACUAAUUUAGGAAAUCUGUGGUUCCAACAAGAUGGGGCUACAGCACACACAGCACGGAUUUCUAUAGCGAAAUUGAGACAAAUGUUUCCUGGUCGACUCGUGUCUUUGAGAGGUGACUUGGUAUGGCCAGCGCGCCCGCCAGAUUUAAGCAUGUGCGACUUUUUUCUGUGGAGUUAUUUGAAGGAGAAAGUUUUUAAACAACUUUAGAUGAGCUAAAGACCCGAAUUAUUGACGAAAAAUCCACCAGACCCCCAGAAAUGUUUAGAAAAGUAGCUCAAAACUUCAGAAAUAGACUACAUCAGUUUAUUGCUGCUGAAGGCCACCAUCUUGUUGAAGUUGUGUUCAAAACUAAAUAUAAAAAAUGGGAACACUUACAAAUUAUAAUAAAAAAAAGUUUUAAGCUUGUAAGUUAUUCAGUUUUUCUUUGAUACCUCCUCUAAACCGGGUCAUCUCUUCUGCCCCACUCUGUUAAUUAUUAUCCCUCUGCCACUGGGUAGAUUCUUAAAAUAUGCUACGCUUUCCCUUCUUUGCCAUAUAGUUUAAUCUUGUGUCAAAAUUUCAUCAAAAUCAGACCCGUACUUUCCAGGUCGCAUGAGAAUCUCUGACAGGCGACGACAGACGGACCGACGCAGAUGAUGAUAACGUAUCCUAUUAUUGCAUAGCAUACAAAACCAAUAUCUCAAUUUUAAAAAUGUUCCACAUCGGUUAUUAGCUUGGGGAGUAACUAAUUGUACCCUACACUUUUGCGUAGUUUAGUAUCAAUAUUCUCUCACAAAUUAUAGAUGAUGUAACACAAGAGUUGGUAUGCAAUUCCGGACACAAGUUGGAGUAGGGGUUUGUAUUUUCCAUGAAACUUGAUCAGGAAUUACGCUUAAAAUAAUGCCAUCACUUAUGUUACACCUUAGACUAUAUUUUCAGAUUAUAUUGACUUAUCAAGCUGUUGGUUUAUUAAUUGUUGGUUCGAAAUGUAGUUUAUCCAGCUUGAUGAUUUAUCAUGAAAUGUAAAAUAUUGUUAUUUAUAUUUGUAUAUCUGUCUACUUACAUUUCUAGUCGCGCGAAAUGACGUUUUAUAUAUUGUCUAUUUUUAAUUACAAAAUUCAUAUACACACAUUUGAACCAAAAAUUCGGCAUUAUAUUCAAAAGUAUUACC